AUGCGUCGCCUCGGUGCGCGCUCUCUACGAUCGUAUGUCACAUCCGCCCCCGUAAGGCAUGCGCCGCGCGUGUGUAUCAUCGGGUCCGGUCCUGGCGGGUUUUACAGUGCCAAAUUCCUGAUGAAAGCGCGGCCGGAUGUGGAGGUGGUGAUGGUGGACCGAUGGCCGACGCCGUUCGGACUGGUGCGAUCCGGCGUCGCUCCAGAUCACCCGGAGGUGAAGAGCGUCGCCCGAGACUUUGAAUCGGUGGCAUCGUCGCCGAAGUUCUCUUUCGUGGGAAACUUGGUCGUCGGCUCCAACGCGGACGUCUCAGAG